UAACACAGAUAACAUCAAGAUUAAAUACAGAGAGAGCUCCAUUAAGACAACUGUUGUUAUCAGGAUAAUUUAAUUCGCGUUAUUAUGUGUUAGUUUUACUAAAUAAAGAUGAAUGUUUGCGCCGGUGGAGAAUCUCACUCUUUAAAGAUCUUUGUUGCGGACUGAAAGAGGCGGAGUCUAACCGGGGCAUAAUGAAGAUGGCCGCCUUCACUGAAAGGAUGGCACCUGUCUUGCUGCUCUGGCUGGCUGUGUCCCUCAGUGGGACGUUGGCUGUGGACAGGGGCAACUUCAAGACCUGUGACCAGAGUGCCUUCUGCAAGCGUCAGCGAGCACUGAAGCCUGGUGAGUCUCCCUAUCGAGCCCUGCUGGAGACCAUGGAGCUGACCAACACCAGACUCACCCUGCAGCUCAUCAAUGACAACAAUAAGGUGCAUCUGCUGCUUGAGCUCUACCGUCUCCAGGGAAACAUAACGAGGGUGAAGAUUAACGAGCUGAAGCCUCUGAAGCCUCGCUAUGAGGUCCCCGACGUGCUCAUCAGGGAGCCACCUACUGAGCCCCUGUCUCUCUUGUCUCAGGACGAGAACGGGGUGGUGCUGUCCCUGGGGGCGGAGUCACAGAGGGUCAUCGUGAGCGCCCGGCCCUUCCGAUUGGACAUUAUGGAAGGGCGAGAUGUGUUGAUGUCGCUGAACUCGCGUGGCCUGCUGGCCUUUGAGCACCUGAGGAUGCGCAAGGACACUUUCUCCUAUAAAGUAACUAGCACAGUGGCUAGCGUGUGGGAUAAUAUCAAGAGGGUAUUCUCUAGUCAGGCAGACCCAGAGGCUGAGAAGAAAGAGGACACUGAUCCGGCAAACCAGGCCGAGACAGCAAAAGAAGAGGAAGAGAAAGUAGAAGACGGGAUGUGGGAGGAAACAUUUAAAUCGCACUCAGACGGCAAACCUAAUGGUCCAUCUGCUAUUAGUUUAGACUUUUCGUUGCCGGGGGUUGAGCACGUCUACGGCAUCCCAGAACAUGCAGACACUCUCAGGCUGAAAACAACAGAUAGUGGAGAUCCAUAUCGGCUCUACAACCUGGAUGUGUUCCAGUACGAGCUGUAUAACCCGAUGGCCCUUUACGGUGCUGUCCCAGUCAUGUUGGCCCACAACGCCCACCGGACCACAGGCAUCUUCUGGCUCAAUGCCGCCGAGACCUGGGUGGAUAUCAGUUCCAACACAGCUGGAAAGACGGUGUUUGGGAAAAUGUUGGAUUAUGUGCAGGGCUCCAGUGAGACACCACAGACAGAUGUGCGUUGGAUCUCCGAAAGCGGCAUCAUCGAUGUCUUCAUCAUGCUUGGACCAACACCCAAAGACAUUUUCUCUCAGUAUGCCUCUCUUACAGGCACCCAGUCCUUCCCUCCCCUGUCUGCUCUGGCCUACCACCAGUGCCGCUGGAACUACAACGACCAGGAAGACGUGCAGACAGUGGAUGCGGGCUUCGACGAGCAUGACAUUCCCUACGAUUUUAUCUGGCUUGACAUUGAGCACACUGAUGGCAAACGCUACUUCACCUGGGAUCCACACAAGUUUGCAACACCAAAGGAAAUGCUGCAGGGUCUUGUGGACAAGAAACGCAAGAUGGUGGCCAUCGUGGACCCUCAUAUCAAAGUAGACAGCAACUACAAGAUCCAUAAUGAAAUCCGCUCUCGAGGAUACUAUAUCAAGAAUAAAGAUGGCGGAGACUAUGAGGGCUGGUGCUGGCCUGGUAGUGCUGGCUAUCCAGACUUUACCCGUGCAGACAUGAGGGCCUGGUGGGCCAGCAUGUUCGCCUACGAUCAGUAUGAGGGUUCCAUGGAGAACCUGUAUACAUGGAACGACAUGAAUGAGCCGUCGGUGUUCAACGGGCCAGAGGUCACCAUGCACAAGGAUGCAAUGCACGGAGCGUGGGAGCACCGUGACGUCCACAACCUGUAUGGCUUCUAUGUGCAAAUGGCCACGGCGGAGGGUCUGAUCCAGAGAUCAGGAGGAGUUGAGCGACCAUUUGUCCUGACCAGAGCCUUCUUUGCUGGCUCACAGCGCUACGGUGCUGUGUGGACAGGAGAUAAUGCUGCUGAGUGGGACCAUCUGAAGAUCUCUAUCCCCAUGUGUCUGAGUCUGGGUCUGGUUGGAAUCUCUUUCUGUGGUGCUGACGUCGGUGGUUUCUUCAAGUCUCCCAGUACUGAGCUGCUGGUGCGUUGGUACCAGACGGGGGCGUACCAGCCGUUCUUCAGGGCCCACGCCCACCUGGACACACCCCGCCGCGAGCCCUGGCUGUUCGGCCCAGAAAACACGGCGCUGAUCCGUGAAGUGGUCCGCCAGCGUUACACCCUCCUGCCUUACUGGUACCAGCAGUUCUACCACGCACACCAGACUGGACAGCCCGUCAUGAGACCACUGUGGGUGGAGUAUCCUCAAGAUCCUGCUACUUUUGCUCUGGAUGACGAGUUCUUGAUCGGGAGAGAUUUGUUGGUGCACCCAGUUACUGAGGAGGGAGCCAGGGGAGUCACCGCCUACCUGCCUGGCAAAGACGAGGUUUGGUUUGACGUCCACACUUUCCAAAAGCACAACGGAGCCCAGAACCUUUACAUUCCUGUCACCAUGAGCUCUAUCCCCGUAUUCCAGCGUGGCGGCUCCAUUAUUCCCAGGAAGCUUCGAGUUCGCAGGUCUUCCACCUGCAUGGAGCACGAUCCCUACACUUUAUAUGUGGCUCUCAACCCUCAGAGAACUGCGGAGGGGGAGCUCUACAUAGACGAUGGCCACACCUUCAACUAUGAAAAGAAGGAGUUCAUCCACAGGAGCCUGUCGUUUGCCAAAAACAUCCUUUCUUCUGCUAACUUGGCUCCAGAGGCCCAGUUUUCCACCCGCUCCUGGAUCGAACGCAUUGUCAUACUGGGAGCCAGUAAGCCCAGCAAGGUCACCCUUAAGACUGCUGGUGGACAAGAGAGCCAGCUGGAGUUUGAAUUUGAUGCCUCCAUGUCUGUGUUGACGCUCCGCAAGCCCGGCAUGAACGCAGGGGUAGACUGGACCGUGACGCUUCAGUAACCAUGGAGACGAGGAGAAAAUUACUGAACUGGACUGAACAGAAACAAGGCGCUGAUACCUACGACUAACCUAAAGCAAGACAACAGGACAGCCACAAUGGAAAAUAAAAGAACACACACAAUACAUUAAAACACAUACACACGCAUACAGACCUGUUAGUCGAUCUGAGCCACAUUAACGUCUCUGCCAUGUCCCUCUUGUGUUCAGUCACACUGUAAUACCUAACACAACGGAGUUACUACUAGAUAGAUAAUUAAGUUUGUCACAUUUUUCAGAUAGAUGACAGCUGAGCAACUCAAAUCAUGUCAUUGUAAUGAAUCAUUGGGGUUUAAAGAAAGAAAGAAAGGAGAGAAAAAAAAAAAAAAACUAUUCAGGCACUUUUUGUUUUUUGAAAUGUCCACCUGGUUGUCCAUCCAGUCUGCCUCAGAGGAAAGAUCACUGUGGGGUGAUUGUUUGCAAUUCAAAAUGAAGGUUCACAUUCAAGGCACAUGCUCCACCUGCUGGUGAUUCCCUGUAUCUGUCCCUGACUUGAUACUAAAAAAAAAUCAUUCCAUCCCUCUUUUGUAAGCCAAGCACUUGAAUCAGCUCAACCGUCUACUUGUGCCACGUUUCAUAUAUAUAUUUGGAGAGAGCUUGCCAUCAGUCCUCUGCGUGGCUCUACACAUUUCAUCCUGCAGUACUUAACAUUUGUUGAUGCCACAAAAUGGAAAGACAUCAUCUUUCUAAUCCAAUCCUGGCUAGUUCUUUAAUGUUCAGCCUCUCCCCGAGUUUGUCGGUGAUGAGUUUGUGUGCGUGGAAAUGAGUCAUUGCUUCACGGUGGAGGCGAUCAGGUCGUUCAACUGCUGCACAGAGGGGAUUUUCAGCCGUUCUUUUGAACAAACUUGUCAGUGGGGAAUCGCUGCAGGGGACUGAACCACUUUAUGUUUGUGGAUCAUCCUGUCGACGUGCUUUCUUUGUUUUAUGGAGUUGUUUUUUCCAGCGUUGUUUACUAGAUUAUUUUUUAAUGCACUUGAGGAAGAGAGAGAGAACUUAAAAAAAGUUGUUUAGAUUUUCAUGUGUUACUAGAUGUCGGGAUCGUCCAGGAUUUCCAGUGUGUCAUUUAGAUCUAAAAUAAAUCUAAUCAUUGAAAGGUGUUUCACUUGCAAAUAUCCACGUGCGCACUGAGAAGUCGUGAAUUUUCAAAUUAUUCUCUGGAGGCUCUGGAUUCGGUCCUGACUAGUCAAAUCAUCAGACCUUUUUAGGAGUUUUGUUGUUGAGUUUGUCUCCUUGAUUGUUUUUAUGAUCAUAAAUAUACGUGUUGCUACAGUUUUGUUGAUGAUGGCUUGAAUUGGUGGAAACAGAAGUGAAGGAACAGACUUCAGCUGUCAAUCAAAGUUGUCAGACGUAAUAAGAUGAGACCAAGUGAAAAUAAAGUUGACCAAAUGUAAAAGAA